ACACCAGAGCUACACCAGAGCUAUCAGAAGGAGUAGAAGCUGCAGACACCUAACUGAAGACGUAAGGUAGACCAGUGUCACAGCCAGACAACUUUGUAGGAGUGAUGCCUUAUCAAGGAUUUUGAAAAGCGUCCAUCAGUUACGCAUCUACUAGAACAUCCAUUCAUAAAACAAGCCCAUGGUAAAGAUAUGGCUCUACAACAUCAGCUUGCCCAGCUACUGCAUACACAGCGGCAAAGUGGCUCUGUGUCCAAAACCAGACAUGGAAGAAUAAACACUAGAAGAACUUUUCAUGUUGAGUCUUCAGCAGCUAACAACCUAGACGAUGACUUAGUAAACCUGGAAGUUUUAGAUGAGGAUACAAUUAUAGAUCACUUACAGAAACGGUAUGCUGACCUUCAGAUUUACACUUUUGUUGGUGACAUCCUAAUUGCUCUAAACCCCUUUCAAAAUAUCAGCAUAUACUCCCCACAGUUCUCAAAGCUUUAUCACGGUAUGAAACGCCUGUCCAAUCCUCCACACAUCUUUGCUACUGCUGAUGCUGCCUAUCAAGGAAUGGUGACCUUCAGUAAAGAUCAGUGUAUUAUCAUCAGUGGAGAAAGUGGUGCAGGAAAGACUGAGAGUGCUCACCUGAUAGUGCAACACCUGACUUUUUUGGGAAAGGCUAAUAAUCGAGCACUAAGAGAAAAGAUAUUGCAGGUGAAUCCUCUGGUUGAAGCAUUUGGGAAUGCCAGCACUGUGAUAAAUGAUAAUUCAAGUCGUUUUGGAAAGUACCUGGAAAUGAAGUUUACACCUACAGGAGCUGUAAUGGGUGCCCAGAUUUCAGAAUAUUUAUUGGAAAAAUCAAGGGUUAUAAAGCAAGCCAUGGGAGAGAAAAACUUUCACAUAUUUUAUUACAUUUAUGCUGGCCUUUAUCAUCAGAAAAAACUAACUGAUUAUAGACUACCUGAAAAAAAGCCUCCAAGGUAUAUUGACAAUGAAAAUGGAAGGGUCAUGCAAGACAUUGUCAGUAACAAAUCGUACAGAGAACAAUUUGAAGCAAUACAAGACUGCUUUAGGAUUAUAGGAUUCUCAGAAGAGGAAGUUAAUUCUGUGUACAGAAUUCUGUCUGGUCUCUUGAAUAUUGGCGACAUUGAAUUUACAGCCAUAACAUCGCUACAUCACACUGACAAAAGUGAAGUUCCCGAUGCCGAAACCUUAGGAAAUGCUGCAAGCCUUCUCUGUAUUGGAGCAGACGAACUUGAAGAAGCCCUUACCUCUCAGUGUGUCGUGACAAGAGGAGAAACUAUAAUCCGUACAAACACUGUAGACAAAGCAACUGAUGUGAGAGAUGCUAUGUCCAAAGCACUUUACGGCCGCCUGUUUAGCUGGAUUGUAAAUCGCAUCAAUACACUUUUACAGCCAGACAAAAAUAUAUGCAAUGCUGAAAACGUGUUGAAUGUUGGCAUACUGGAUAUCUUUGGAUUUGAGAACUUCAAAAAGAACUCUUUUGAACAGCUGUGUAUCAAUAUUGCCAAUGAACAAAUUCAGUUUUACUUCAAUCAGCACAUUUUUGCUCUUGAACAGAGUGAAUAUCAGAAUGAAGGUAUAGAUGCCACAGUGAUUGACUACGAAGAUAAUCGCCCAAUUUUAGAUAUGUUCCUUCAAAAACCAAUGGGGCUUCUUUCACUUCUAGAUAAAGAAAGCCGCUUCCCUCAAGCAACAGAUCAGACUUUAGUAGAUAAAUUUGAGGAUAACCUACGCUGCAAGUAUUUCUGGAGGCCCAAACGUAUGGAACUUUGUUUCGGCAUCCAGCAUUAUGCUGGAAAGGUUUUAUAUGAUGCUUAUGGCUUUCUUGAGAAGAACAGAGAUACUCUUCCUGCAGACAUUGUGGUGGUGCUAAGAACAUCAGAAAAUAAACUACUACAACAGCUGUUUGCCAAUCCUCUAACAAAAACAGGUAACUUGGCCCAGUCCAGAGUAAGAGUUACGGCUGCAUCUCGGUCUUUACCUCCACAACAAAAUGCAGGGCGCCUCAAGGUUGACACUAUGGAAAGUAUGAGACAUCCAGAAGAAACAACCAAUAUGAAACGUCAGACAGUGGCUUCCUACUUCAGGUAUUCACUGAUGGAUCUUCUGUCAAAAAUGGUGGUGGGACAGCCUCACUUUGUUCGCUGCAUUAAGCCCAAUGACGAUAGGGAGGCAAUUAAAUUCACCAAGGAGAGAGUACUUGUUCAGCUUCGUUACACUGGCAUUUUGGAAACAGUCAGCAUACGUCAGCAAGGUUAUUCACAUCGCAUCCCCAAAGAAGAGUUUGUAAGGAGGUAUUACUAUCUUGCUUUUAAGGCACAUCAGACGCCUCCUCUUACAAAAGAAAACUGUAAAGUUAUACUAGAGAAAGCAAAAUUAGACAAGUGGAUCAUUGGCAAAACAAAGGUUUUUCUGAAAUAUUACCACGUGGAACAACUGAAUUUGCUGCUGCGGGAGGUCAUUGGUAGGAUUGUGGUAAUACAAGCCUAUACCAAAGGAUGGCUUGGUGCCAGGCGUUACAAAAAGUGUCGACAGAAAAGGGAAAACAGUGCCGUUGUUAUUCAGUCAGCCUGGAGAGGCCAUGAAGCUCGCAAAAAGUACAAGGAAUAUAAAAGAAACAGGCAGGAAGCUGCAAUAUCUAUACAAGCAGCUUACAGAGGAUACCUGACUCGUAAAGAAUAUGAGCUACUGAAGCGAGAUAAAAAGAUGGCAGAGACCCUUUCAGCUGAGAACUAUGGGCAUAUACCUGUGCGGGGUUGCAGAGGGAACAACAGGCAGACGCAUGGUAAAGGAAGAAAUUCCAGCAGGCCAGAUGUCUCCAGUAAAAUGACAGAAAAGUUUUCAGAUGGUGUAUCUGCAGCUAACCUUCCUUUUGAAACUUCAAGCCAAGUCAGUGAGAUUCAUUCUAUUACAAAUAACCAUCCUGCCACAAAACAUUAUCAGCAUUUACAAACUCAGCAAAAUCAAGACCUAGAAAAUUCUUCAGAAAGGAGACAGCUAAGAGCAACACGGCGAUGUUGUCAGCAGCCUAAAACUCUCAACAGUCCAGAGGAUAGCAUAUAUUAUAACCAGCUAAAUGGAAUUUUAGAAUACCAAGGGAGCAAGAGGAAGCCAAGAAAACUUGGCCAAAUCAAAGUGCUGGACGCUGAGGAUGAGUAUUAUAAGUUAUUGUCAACCGCUGAACCUAUCAGUAAAGAAGGGCCAGUUCUCACGGAAAGUUAAACAUCCCAGCUACUGGGCAGCUCAGAUACUAAGUUCUUUGUUUCAUCUUUGGUCUUCUCAAGCUAAAAGGGACUUGAUAGCAGCUUUUGAACUAAGGAAAUCUUCAUCCUUAAAACAAUUAUCAUUUCUUCCCGGUGCUUUCUACUGAACUCUUGUGAGUUUGAUGCUUAAUACUUUAAAAUGUGCCACAAUGGUUAUGAUAAAAGAACUCACCUGUUAAAAAGAAUGAUAUGAAAGAGAAUGUUCCAGGAACACUCACCUUGUAAAGUACCUUCAGAUGGCUGUACAUACCAAGGCUCUCCAUAAUACCAUAUCGGAACUGUCUGAAAAUAAUAGAAAAGGGAUUGCAGUGCACUUGAAGUGCAUUCGUCUGUGAGUGAAUUGUCUGCUCCCGUGUCAGUAUUGUAAGAAUGAAAUCCUAAGUAAUUACAGGAAGCAGCUGUUACAGUACAGCAAACUAACAAAAAAAUGUAUAUCCUACUUUCAAAGUAUGGCCAUAUUUUAUUCUGCUGUGCUUCUACAACCCACAGAAGCAGCAUCAGGAAGACAGCCGAUCCAAAAAUAGUGCAAGCCAUCACAAAAAGUUUAAUUCUGUUUACCCCAGUUCCUCAUUAUUACUACUUACUGUUAAGCACAAGUAACACCCAGGAAGCACCUUCAGCCCAUUCUUGCUGAGGGCAGUGAUACAGAGCAGCUGGUACUGGUAGAUUAUUAUAUACUACACUGUUAAAUCUGUAAAACCUUAAGGCAAGAGACCAAGAAAAUGAGUUGGUGGCAUCCUGCCAUUCCAAGUACAAUUGACGUGUGCUUUGUGGAACGUGUUCCAUGUUUAUACAACAUACUUCUUCAUUUGUGUAUGUGAGGAUAAAACAAAUGUUCAGAUUUCUAACAGCCUUAAGUAAUUAAUAAUUUUCCUCUCUGAAUUAAUUGGGGAGGAGCAUUUUUCAGUUCAGCAUGUGUGUCUUAGUCCUCUGCCUUCCUAGAAAUCAUUUUUUUCCAUAAAAAUGUUAUGGCCUUCUGUAAUGAUUGUGACUUGCAUAGUCUUUAUGCUGUUUUUAUGUUGUUAAUUUUAAAAGCACUCACAAAGUGAGACCAAUAAAGGCUACUACAUCAAAA